AUGACCAUGAGUCCUGCCCUGUCUUGGUUCCUCCCUCUUGGAUGUUUACUGGUUUUGAUGCAUGAAGCGCAAGGCUUUUUCUUGCCCAAUGGCACACACUUCGAGAGCCUUUUGAGCAGAUAUCACGCCAGAGCCAAGAGAGCCAUUCCAAGGUCAGACAAAGAGGAGAUUUUGAUGCUUCAUAACCAGCUGAGAGGUGAAGUCUAUCCUUCAGCCUCCAAUAUGGAAUAUAUGACCUGGGAUGAUGAGCUGGAAAGAUCUGCAGAGGCUUGGGCCCAGGAGUGCAUCUGGGAUCAUGGACCUGCCAGCCUCAUUAUGUCCAUUGGUCAGAAUUUGGCUGUUCAUUGGGGCAGGUAUCGUUCUCCAGCCUUCCACGUCCAAUCUUGGUAUGACGAAGUUAAAGAUUAUACUUAUCCGUAUCCCCACGAAUGUGACCCUUGGUGUCCAGAAAGAUGCUCUGGAGCAAUGUGCACUCACUAUACCCAGAUCGUUUGGGCCACAACAAACAAGGUUGGCUGUGCUGUAAACGUCUGCAAACAGAUGAGUGUUUGGGGAGAAAUCUGGGAGAAUGCCGUCUACCUGGUCUGCAACUACUCUCCCAAGGGGAACUGGAUUGGAGAAGCUCCUUAUAAAAAUGGUAGACCCUGCUCUGAAUGCCCACCGAGCUAUGGAGGAAGCUGCCAGAACAACCUCUGUUACAAAGAUGACCACUACGUACAAAAGCCUGAGCGGGAUGAGACUAACGAAGUGGAGGUCCCACAAAUUACAGAGGAAAAACAUGUGUGGGUGCAAGAACGGGUGACCAAACCCACCAAAUCAACCAAGAUCAAGAAAAUCACCACAACUGCGGACAGUUUCAUGACACAGGUCAUUAAGUGCGACACCAAAAUGAGGGACAAAUGCAAAGGAUCAACAUGCAACAGGUAUCUGUGCCCAGCUGACUGCGUGAACAGCAAGGCAAAAAUCUUUGGAACGUUGUAUUAUGAGACUGCAUCCAGUAUAUGUCGUGCUGCAAUUCAUUAUGGCGUCAUAGAUGAUAAAGGAGGUCUGGUUGACAUCACUAGGAAAGGGAGAUCACCCCAUUUUGUCAAGUCUACAAGAAAUGGCGUUGAAUCUUUAAGUAAAUAUAAACCUUCAAAUUCAUUCGUGGUUUCCAAAGUCACAGUGCAGACGCUGGAUUGUUACACCACUGUAGCUGAACUGUGUCCGUUCAAAAAGCCAGCAACUCAUUGUCCAAGGGCUUAUUGUCCAGCUCACUGUAAAGCUGAGCCAGCGUACUGGGCACCAGUCUUUGGCUCCAAGGUUUAUGCAGAUAGUUCCAGUAUCUGCAAAACAGCCGUGCACGCUGGAGUCAUUAAAGACGAGACUGGCGGUUAUGUGGAUGUAAUGCCUGUGGACAAGAAGAAAAACUAUGUUGGCUCUUUGAAGAAUGGCAUCCAAUCUGAGAGCUUGAAGAGUCCCAGCGAAGGGAUGGCUUUCCGAAUUUUUUCCGUGAAGCAGUAA